AUGACGGGCACACUGCGCAGGACACGAGAUGAUUUAAGGAUGAGCGCAUUAGUCUUUCAAUGGAGUUUGGGGAAUGAUAAGAUCGAAAAGGAGUUGGGCAUUGGAUACCUUGGCCUAGCUGCAGCGCUCAACAGAAUGGAUGAAAAGGCAGGGCGCCCCAAGACUACAACAGGCUCUGCUAGUAGCCAUCAAAGCUUCCAACCACAGCAAAUUCCAAUCCAGUAUACUCCUCUGCCUCCACUACCGACUUCCGAAUGGACUGGUAGGACGACUCCUAAUCAACAGCAAGAGGCCUUAGGGGAUAGAACAUCAAAUGUAGAUCCUUCACUGCUACUAGGCUCAAACCUCCAACAUUAUAGCACGAGUAGUAAUGGUACUUUGAUGGCUCCAAAAACCUCCCACUCUCACGAUUCCGGUGAGAGACACUAUACGGAUAUAAUCAAUUCAUUCGACAACCAUCGUUUGAACCACCAUUUGAGCCAUCAUAUUGAUGAUUCCCGAUCACAUACUGAAACCGUCGAAUCUGGAAGUCUUAUCAAGGAUGUCGAGGGGGUGAUAAUAAAUCCUGCGCAAGCCAUUCGACUUAAGGCCGACCCUGAUAACAUGCCACGAUGGAGUCCUCGAGGUAAUGCAGGCUCAAAUAGUGGGCCCAUGAAAUCUGCUCUUAUUGCUGCUAUUCGCGACAAAAAUCACAAAGCCGUGGAGAAGUUAUUGGACGGUGGUGUGCCAGCGAAUACGGGGUCAGAAGUCAAUGCACUCAAUGAGGCAAUCUUUGCUCACGAUACGGAAAGCGUACGAUUGUUACUUACUUUUGGUGCCGAUCCAAAUGCACAUGAUAGAGACGGAAUUACACCUUUGAGAGCCGCCGUUGAUAAAUCAUUCUUGGCUGGAGCUACCACACUUUUAAAGUAUGGUGCUGAUCCUAAUCGUGUUGCUGGUAUCGAUAUGGAAUCCCCGCUGGCUGCAUCAGUUAUGGCCAAUAUGGUGGGUUUCGCUCAUCUAUUUCUCAUCUACAAUGGUGAUGCCAAUCAAGUCACCUCAAACGGCAAUACACUUCUCAUCAGUGCUAUCAACAAAAGGACUGUCAAGAAAUUCAUGGAUUUACUUCUCAAAUAUGGUGCAAACCCCAACGCUAAAAGUAAGGAGGGAAAGACGGCUUUGUUCGAAGCUAUCACAUGUGGAAGAGCAGAUAUCGUUUCCAAUUUGUUGGAAUAUGGAGCAGACCCGAACCUUCCAGGCCCAAAACACAUGCUCUGGCCUGCAACAUAUCAAACAGCUUGUCUCCAAUAUCUCCUCAGCCACGGCGCAGACCCCAAAAAAUGUCCAGGAAUAAUGGAGCUGGCUACUAGUAUCAAUAACAUCGAGUCGGUCCGGACUCUGCUAAAAGCUGGCGUCGAUCCCAAUGCCAAAAAGGAUGGCGUGUAUACUCCAUUAUGUACAUCAAUUCGCGAUGACCGCGCUGAUAUCUUCCAACUCCUCCUCAGCAACAAAGCUGAUCCAAAUACAAUGGCCAGUGAAUAUCCCGCCUGGAAAUGCGUAACUCACAACCGCGUCCAUUUUCUUCCCGCCUUGGUUAAAGCAGGAGCAGAUAUCCACAAUCCCAAAGGUAUUGCCGAGAUGGCCGUUAGUUGCAAUAACAUGGAGGCACUCAAUUGGCUCCUAGACCAAGGCGUAAACCCGAACGAUAAAUCCGCUAAAGGAAUGUCGCCGCUCACGACCGCCAUUCGCGAAGAACGUCUCGAGAUGAUCGAUCUCCUGCUUCUUCGUGGCGCAGACGUCAAUGUUCGAGGUCAAGAUUGGCCCGUGUGCAUGGCAGUUCGCAAUCCCCAAAUCCUGAAACGCAUUCUAUCCGUCAUGCCCGAACCUCGCGCUUACAAAGGAGUCCUGGAAAUGGCCGUUCACGCUAAUCAAUUGGAAUCUGUCAAACUUCUUCUUGCGGCAGGUGUAUCCGUCGAAGAUAAAAAUGGGGGAGUAUUUUCACCCCUCACGACCGCCAUCCGAGAAGACCGCAAGGAAAUCGUUAAAUACCUCCUCGACGUCGCGAACGCGGAUAUUAAUGCCCCGGGCGAACAUCUUCCUAUUGUUAAAGCACUACGUCGUUAUGAAGGUGGUGAUACAGAUAUGAUUGAAUUGUUAUUAGACCGUGGAGCGGACCCGAAUAAGAUUUAUCGGGGCUGGAAUGCCAUUAUGCAGGCGAUUGAGAAUGGGGAUGCGGAUCUUCUUAAAUUGGUCGCGGGGAAGGCAGGGGUGGAUCUCGAGGCCAAGGAUGAGAUGGGUAGGACGGUUAGUGAUAUUGCGGCUAGUAGGGGCUGGAAUGAGGCUGUUACUAUUUUGCAUGAUAAUAUGUCUUUGUGA